CAUUUUGUAGUUACACACAGCACAAAGCGAAACUGUUUACCAACACAAAGUUAGUGGCAGUGACUGAAAUCAUCGACAGCAGGUCUUCGCUGUUUUCUCGACAGAGGAAGACUAAUUAUGUAUGGAGUCGUUAAGCCUGUGACAUUAUAAGAGAGGUCAUAAGAGACGGUCAUGAUGGCGGAGGAGGCUGGAAAGCUUCCACUUCUGCGCCUGGAGCCCCCCAUUCAGAAAUUCAUUAAAGUGGCCAUUCCCACUGACCUGGAGAGACUGCACCAGCACCAACACAACAUAGAAAAGUUUCAGAGAAACAGUCAGUGGGAUAAACUUCACCAAGAGCACAUCAACUCCAGCCGCACUGUCCAGCAGUUGCGAUCGAACCUGCGGGAGAUGGAGAAGUUGUGUGGGCGGGUCCGCAGUGCUGAUGCUGAAGCUCUGGAGAAACUUGUUCAGCCAAUCAAAGAUCGAGCCUCCACUGCCAUUCAGGAGUUCCUCUGGAUUCACUCGAAUGCAAUCAAUAGGCCGGAUGCUCCAACUAUUGGCAAAGACUCUCACAAAACUAUCAGCACCGCCUCGGAUAUGUUGCACAGUGACUGUGAUACAGGUGUGCCCGGUUCCCCUGUCACUCAAACACAGCUGCUCCUGCCUGAAAUCCCUCCAGAACAGAACGCCGCUGAGUCCUGGGAUUCUUUAGCUGAGGACCUACUGGAGCUGAAUGGUUUAGUAAAUGAGUUCACCACUCUUGUUCAUGCUCAGCAGGAGAAGAUUGACAGCAUUGAGGCCAAUGUUAGCAUAGCAGCCGCUAAUGUGGAGGAGGGGACUCGGAGCCUAGGGAAGACAUAAUUAACUGCUUGGUUAACCCUGCCUUGUGAAGAUGAUUAGAUGACAGAGAACGAGAGCAUGAGAAAGGGUGAAGGAGAGAUGAGAAGGUGGCAUUUGAUAGUCAACCCUGCCUUUAAAGUUUACAUAUCUUCACAAAAAUUAAAUUGUGUGUGUGUGUGCACGCUGGGGGGCUUGAUUCGUUGUGCUAAUUAAAGAAUA